CAUUUGUGUACGUCAUCAUCAUGAGACAGAAACGGGUAAAAGGUAUCGUGGUUGUGGUUGUAUGUAAUACGAAGUAGAGGUCUGUGCCAGAAGAAUGAUGAAUGUAAACAGAUUGGUCAUCCUGUCUAAAUCCGUUCACAUCGGACAGCGCCUGCUCGCCGGUAAUGUGAGGCAUGCUGGGAAAGAAGACGUACGCUUUCAGCAGCGGAGGUCCAUUGAAACGCACUCAAGAAACCUCGCGUAUGCCAAGGAGUUGUUCCUCGGUCAGGUGAACAAGGCAGAGGUCUUCCCGUAUCCAGAAAUUGGAAACGAAGAAUUGGAGGAAAUCAACCAGCUUGUUUCACCUGUGGAAAAAUUCUUUAAUGAGAAAGUUGACUCAGCGAAGAUUGACAGAGAAGCCAAAAUCCCUCCAGAGACUUUGAAUGGGCUGAAGGAGCUUGGGCUGUUUGGGAUCAUGGUUCCUGAGGAGUAUGGGGGUCUGGGAUUGUCCAACACAAUGUAUGCACGACUGGCUGAGAUCACCUCAUUAGAUGGCUCUAUUGCCGUAACACUGGCUGCACAUCAAGCCAUUGGACUGAAGGGGAUUCUGAUAGCAGGAAAUGAAGCCCAGAAGCAGAAAUAUCUUCCCAAACUGGCCUCAGGAGAACACAUCGCAGCUUUCUGCCUCACAGAACCUGGAAGUGGAAGUGAUGCAGCCUCCAUUCAGACCCGCGCAACCCUGUCAGAAGACGGGAAACAUUACCUGAUCAACGGCUCGAAGAUUUGGAUUUCAAAUGGAGGCAUGGCAGAUAUUAUGACAGUGUUUGCCAGGACGGAGGUGCUUGUGGAUGGUGUGAAGAAAGAUAAAAUUUCAGCAUUCAUUGUAGAGAGGGCUUUCGGGGGCAUCACCAGUGGCAAGCCUGAGGACAAACUGGGCAUCCGAGGUUCCAACACUUGUGAAGUGUCCUUUGACAAUGUCCCAGUGCCACUGGAGAAUGUCAUAGGAGAAGUAGGAGGUGGAUUCAAGAUUGCCAUGAACAUCCUGAACUCAGGAAGGUUCAGUAUGGGCAGUUCUUCAGCUGGAAUGAUUAAAAAGCUGAUCGAAAUGACCUCUGAGUAUGCUGCGACCAGAAAGCAGUUCAACAAGAGCUUGGGCGAAUUUGGUAUGAUUCAGGAGAAAUUUGCAUUGAUGGCUCUUAAUGCCUUCGUGAUGGAGAGCAUGGCGUACCUGACAGCAGGGAUGAUGGACAGACCGGGGCUUCCAGACUGUUCUCUAGAGGCUGCUAUGGUCAAGGUGUUCAGCUCAGAGGGAGGCUGGAUUUGUGUCAGUGAAGCUCUUCAGAUCCUUGGAGGUCUGGGUUAUACAAAGAACUACGCCUAUGAGCGCUACGUCAGGGACUGUCGCAUCCUGCCUAUCUUUGAGGGUACCAAUGAAAUCCUGAGGAUGUACAUUGCUCUCACUGGAAUGCAGUAUGCUGGCAAAAUCCUCACAGGGAAAAUAAAGGAGAUGAAGAAAGGAAACAUAGGUCUGGCCUUGGGCAUGGUAGGCAAGAAACUCAAGAGCUCAUUGGGAAGUACAGUGGACCUUGGCCUGACAGGAAAAGACGGAGUGGUGCAUCCCAGCUUGGCAGAAAGUGCAAAGAAGUUGGAACAGAAUGUCAGCCUUUUUGGAUCUACUGUGGAGAGCCUGCUGUACAGAUAUGGAAAGACUAUAGUGGACGAACAGCUCAUCCUGAAAAGGGUAGCAGAUGUGCUCAUCAACCUCUACGCUAUGACAGCUGUCCUGUCCAGAACCAGCCGCUCCAUCAGCAUCGGCCUGAGGAGUCAUGACCAUGAGGUGCUGCUCGCUAACACAUUCUGUAGUGAAGCUUUCUUCAAGAACAAUUACUUGAUGACUCAGUUGCAAAAACACUCUCCUGAGAAUAUUGAUGCCAACAUCAAGAAGAUUGCCAGGGAGGUGUUGGAGAACAGAGCUUAUGUCUGCUCUCACCCUUUAGAAAGAACAUACUGAUAUUCCCCAUGUCAUCAUAAUACUGUCUCCUCUGUUCAGAUUGGACUGUAUGGACCGGUCCAUUUCACACUUCCAAUAAUCUCUCUUUACUCUUCUAUUACUACUCACUUUGGUUGACAUUAUUUGUGCUGCUGAUAAAUAAAUGAAGCGAUUUUUGUAAGUAGUUGCUGUACUUUACUAAACUUGUCUUCAAAGAUAACACCUUUAGCAAUCUUUGGAAAAUGGGCGCUCCCUUGUGAUGACAUUAUAUGGGUUUUAUUUGAAGUGCUCUUCAAUUUUAUGUUAUUAAUUAUUGCACAAGAUAUUAGUUUUAAUGCCUAUUGGACUUCUGGUCUACAGGGGACAGUUUUUGUGGCUUCUUCAGUAUUCCUGAAAGGCGGGCCAGCUGAUGUCUGUGUCUUAAUUUGGGGAUAUUCUUUUAAAAAGUGGAGACACUCUGCUCCGCCUCUGUCAGAGGCAGGGCAGGAUGCUUAUACAGGAAUGAAUGCUGCUUAUUGAAUUCCCUGUAAGAAGCAACAGAAUACACCAAAUUAAGACAAACCCUAUUAUGAUUUUCUCCAAUAUCUGUUGAGUUUCUUUGGUUUCUGAAUAAAAAGUGAACCUAA